AUGUUCCCUUCCGGUUCUACCGAUCAAAGCGAAGCCUCCGGCACCAACAAGGUCGCAAUCCCCCGAGCGGCCGCUCCGGCUGCGCAGCGUGGGCGGCGGCGUUCUGUGCGAGCAUGCGAGGCCUGCCGGCAGCGUAAAAUCAAAUGCGAUGGUGACCGACCGACUUGUGGCCAAUGCACCUACCACAAUAACCGCUGUGUCUAUGAAGAUGUGAAACGUGUCCGCGAGCAGAAGCUGCUCGGGUUGCUUUCGCAGCGUGUCGAGCGAUAUGAAUCCCUGCUUCACGAUCUACAAGGGGACGCUGAUGCGCCCACAGCUCGGAGGAUUAGGAAAGUGCUGAGGAUCACGGAUAGCAAGUGUCCGAAUCGCAAUGAGGACUCUGAGAAUUCGGAUUCGGAUUCAGAUUCGUCGGUCGGCUCGCUGGACGCAAUCGAUCUGAUCGAUGAGGAUCUGAACCGGAACGAAAAUACCCGCGCCGCUGGGUUCUUCGGCAAGAACUCUGACGUUGCGUGGAUGCAGCGCUUGGAAGAUGGUGUCGAGCACAGGACAGGCACCGGCGGCUACGUCCAAUCGCUCUCCUCGGGCUCAUCCGCCGGGACCUCGCAGCAGCCAAGUCCGUUCGGCGUGCCAGCUAUGCCUCAGCCGGAGAAGCCAGAUCGGGGUAUACCCAUCGCGAUGAUGAACUACCACCUCGACGACCUGGACAUACCGGUCGUCGGUGACUCUGAUCCACUGGCAGUACCCCCGCGCGAGACUGCAGAUCAAUACUUUGAUGCGUAUAUGGCCUACGUUCAUCCGAUGUUCAGCAUCAUCCGCAAGCCCACAUUCACCUCGCAGUAUCGGCAGUUCUACAGUGGGCCGGCUAAGCCACCGAAGAAAUGGCUCGCUAUCUUGAACAUGAUCUUCGCCAUUGGCUGUCGAUAUUGUAAACUCAUCAGUCCCACUGGCGCCAGUGCUUGGGAAGACGGCCUGGUGUAUCUGACCCGUGCACGGCAGUUGGCCUUGCACGAGAAUAUUCUUUUCGAACACACCGAUCUGCAGCAGAUUCAACUAGAGACUCUAGUGGCUAUAUAUCUGCUCUGCCUGGGACAAGUCAACAGGGCAUCGAAGUUUUCGAGCAUGGCCCUUCGCUCAGGCCUCUCCCUUGGUAUAAAUCUUCACAUUACGGAUGGCCGAACCAACAACGCAUCUAAAGAAGCCCGUUGCAGACUAUGGUGGUCUAUCUACUCCCUCGAGCACCUACUCACCUCCAUGCAUGGCCGAGCGUCCUGCAUCGGGGAAAGCCUCUGCUCCUUGCCCCCUCCAGUUCCCAUUGAAGAGGAAUUCUUCGAACAGCCAGAUGUCUGCCGCCUCCUGCAAGAUCGAACAUUCCGUGAAACCCAACUUCGAUCCACUCUCUUUGAGCUCCCCUCUCAGCUCCAAGGCGGUCUAACAUGGAUGGCUGACUGCAAGCCAUGUCCAUCGCUGCUCUUCUAUCACCUCACGGACCUCGCCCUCAUAUCACAGGCUGCUUUAAAUAAUGUAUACAGCGUCCAGGGCAUCCGGGAGGACACAAACGUGAUUGAGUACCGCCUGCAAAAGUAUAUUCUGCGAUUGGACCGAUGGUUGGCCAAAGUACCUGCUAGCUAUAAAUUCACGCUCCCAGACGCAGGACCCUGGCACCUGAACCACGCCCAGCUAGACGACGAAAAUGCCCCGUUCGCUCGCGAGCGAGUUUGCUUGGCAAUGAGUUACUAUUCAGCCCGCGUCAUCCUGUGCAGACCGUGUCUCUCGCCACCACACCCCUCGCAAGCCCCAAAUUCCCCAUCCGCGCAAGGUCGUCCUCACACAAAACUCAAAGCAGACAUGGCGAUGAACUGCCUCCAGGCUGCCUGCUCGCUUAUCUCAAUCCUCCCCGAGACAGUUGACUUUGCCUGGCUCGCCCGCGUCACGCCUUGGUGGAGCGUUCUGCACUUCAUCAUGCAAGCUACGGCAUCUCUUCUGCUCGGCCUGUCGUACUGCUCUCUCACGAAGCAGAAUUCAGUCCCGAAACCAGGAACUGACGCCCCUCCCUUCAAUUACCAGGCUCUCCUGGAAUCGGAUCUUGACAAGGUAGUUGUGCAGGCCAAGAAGGCGCUACAAUGGAUCCAUGCUAUGGCGUCUAUUGAUCGGGCGGCGAGACGGGCAUUUUUGCUUUGCGAUGAUGUGGUUGCGAAGAUUGCGCCUGGGCUGAACAUUGACUUGCGGGGUUGGCCGAGCGCGAAGUCGUUGGGUGGGACUGCUGUGCAGGAGCAGCUGGAAGCGGAGGCUGAAGCUGAGGGGAGGAUGGAGGGAUUGGAGGACCCGAUUGAUUCUGAGGAUGGCGGUUCUUUCUCAUGA